CCCAGAAGCGGCCUCCGUUCCCCGGGAGCAGGAGGGCAGCAGAACGCCCGAGCUGCCGCUCCUCCAGCUCUAAGGGUAACCCCGACCUCGGCAGGCGUCGGCCAAACCCACUGCGCACGCGCGCACUGGGCCUUAGGGAACGGGUAGCAACAAGGCCACGCGGAGCCGCGAGACCAGUCAGCGGCUGGGGGCGGGGCUUCCGCACGCCGGGACGCGGCGGGUGACUUCCGGCAAUAAUCCUGAACGCGGCUGCAGCGUCAGCUCCAGGAUAAAUAUGCCAUUUUUGGGUCAGGACUGGAGGUCUCCUGGAUGGAUUUGGAUUAAAACAGAAGAUGGAUGGAAAAGGUGUGACUCCUAUAGUCAGAAACUUGAAAAAGAACAUAACCAGUGUGGCCUCAGUCACAACCUUAUCCUGAAUAGUGAAAAUGAGGACGUUUUCAGUAAUGAAGACCAUGAGUGUGCAUCCAAGAAAAGGAAAAAGGACCAUUUUAGAAAUGAUGCAAAUUCCCAAGGUUUCUAUCGUGAAAAAUGGAUCUAUGUCCAUAAAGAGAGCACAAAAGAAAGGCAUGGCUACUGCACCCUGGGAGAAGCCUUCAACCGGCUGGAUUUCUCAAGCGCCAUUCAGGACACGCGGAGGUUCAACUAUGUGGUCAAGCUGCUGGAGCUCAUUGCAAAGUCCCAGCUGACAUCCCUGAGUGGUGUAGCACAGAAGAACUACUUCAGUAUUCUGGAUAAAAUUGUUCAGAAGGUUCUCAGGGACCACCACAAUCCCCGCCUUGUCAAGAACCUGCUGCAGGCUCUAAGCUCCACGCUGUGUAUGCUCCUCAGAGGGGUUGGCAAGUCUGUCCUUGUGGGCAACAUCAACAUCUGGGUCUGCCGCCUGGAGACCAUUCUUGCCUGGCAGCAGCAGCUACAAGACCUGCAGAUGACACAGCAAGUGGACACAGGACUCACGCUCGUUGACCUCCCUCUGCACAUGCUGAGCAACAUCUUGUACCGCUUCUCGGACGGCUGGGACAUCGUGACGCUGGGCCAGGUGACCCCCACGCUGCAAGUGCUCAGUGAGGACAGGCAGCUGUGGAAGAAGCUGUGCUUGUACCACUUUGCUGAGAAGCAGUUUUGCAGACACCUGAUCCUGUCAGAGAAGGGCCAUGUUGAGUGGAAGCUGACAUACUUUGCACUUGAGAAGCACUACCCAACCAGGGAGCAGUAUGGAGACACCCUGCACUUCUGCCGGCACUGCAGCAUCCUAUUCUGGAAGGACUACCACCUUGCUUUACUCUUCAAGGACUCGGGACACCCCUGCACCGCAGCUGACCCUGACAGCUGUUUCACACCCGUGUCCCCCCAGCAUUUCAUCGACCUUUUCAAGUACUGAGGCCACCGUUGCCGCUGUGUACCCACAUGCAGCUGGCAGCAGCUGUUUCUGUGACCAAACACAAUGAUCAGGGCUGGGGACAGCAGCAUCCUCCAGUGAAGCUGAAGCUUUCUGGAAGAACCGAAAGAGCGUGCCGCUCCCUGGGCCUGGCCUGGAGCCAGCACGGGGUGGGGGUGGAGGACACAAGCAAAUCAUUUUUCCUUAAGUUUCUUUUCUUCUAAGGAUAUUACAGUUUGUAAUUUUGCAUAUUUUAUAAAAAUGGACCAAAAUACUUGGGUUGUCAAUCCCACAUUCUGUGCUGAAUGGACACAAAUGGCCAGGAAUGUGCUUCUUAAUUGUUGAAUUUUAGCUUCCUGAUUUUAUGGUCAUUAGAGGUGGAGAUAAAAGAGUUGAUCAUUGUAAAUAUAUUGUGCAGAAUAUUUAUUUUUUUUCUUAAAGUGUAUUUUGACAGCUUCAUUGGCUGUGCCCACGUGAGCCUCUCUGGAUGCACACUGACCUGGGUACUUCCAGCUGCCAGCAGCUAACAUGCGUGGGGCUUUGAGCAGCGCAGGCCACCUGUAGCCGGGAGCUGGCCUGCACUGCUCACUGCAUCUGACUACUUUGAUAGACAAAGUCCUACAUCGUGUGUGCUGACCGCACUGUGCAGUUUCCCAUAAUGCUAAAACACUGUUAAGUGAUUUUGAUAUUGUUUACUUAAGUCUUUGAAAGACUUCUGUUUUUAAAAUAAAACAUGUCGAUUGCAGAAAAUUCUGAAAAUAAAAGGCCUAUAAAGGAAAUAAAAUUGAUCCAUUAUCCUAGCA